ACCAAACCAAGUUUCUUCUGAAAACAACUUUGUAAAAUCACAACUUUAACUGAGCGUGUGUGGUGGAAUUUCAAAAGUCUCGGAAGUGAUAGAUCCGCGCACACCCUUAUUUUCUCCCUAAAACCCUUUUCUCAUUCACCAAAAAGCUUUCAGCUUAGCAAUUGUUGAAGGUGAAAGUCAUGCGUAAACUGCUCAUACUCUACGCCACUCAGACCGGCAAUGCAUUGGACGCAGCAGAACGUCUUUCUCGCGAAGCUGAACGGAGAGGCUGCCCCAUCAACCUUCUCUCCCUUCAUCAAUAUGACCCUAGUUUGUUGCCUCAGGAAGAGGCUGUGAUUUUUGUGGUUUCUACCACAGGCCAGGGUGAUGCACCUGAUUCCAUGAAGGUAUUUUGGAGAUAUCUUCUUCAGAGAAACCUAGGCCACCAUUGGUUGAAAGGGGUUCAUUAUGCUGUUUUUGGCUUGGGUGAUUCUAGUUAUCAGAAGUACAAUUUUGUUGCAAAGAAGCUGGACAAAAGGUUAUUGGACCUCGGAGGAACAGCUAUUGUAGAAAGAGGCUUGGGAGAUGAUCAGCACCCUUCAGGCUAUGAAGCUUCUCUGGAUCCUUGGAUGUCUUCCCUGUGGAGAAUGUUAAACAUGAUUAAACCAGAACUCUUAUCAAAUGGUCCUGAUGUUGUGAUUCAAGAUACAGUAUUGAUUGAUCAACCCAAAGUCCGGAUCACAUAUCACAACAUUGAAAAUGUUGAAUCACAUUUUUCUAGUGCCUCGGAUUUAACUUCUCUUAAUAUUCAAAUUGGGAGUGCUCGAUCAAUGCAUCCUGGAAAAUCUUCAUUUGACAGAAGUAGGCCUGACUGCUUUCUUAAGAUGUUAAAGAAUCUUCCUUUGACCAGAUUGAACUGUGGAAAAGAUGUCCGUCAUUUUGAAUUUGAAUUUGUUUCAAAUGCACUUGAAUAUGAGACUGGUGAUGUCCUUGAAAUUCUCCCUGGCCAAGAUUCAGCUGCAGUCGAUGCUUUCAUACAACGUUGUAAUUUGGAUCCUGAUUCAUUCAUCACUGUUAGUCCAAGAGAAAUGGAUGAUCAAAAUGCACAUGACUCUAGAAUCCCUGUAAAAUUAAAAAAUUUUGUGGAAUUUUCAAUGGAUGUAGAUUCUGCAUCCCCACGGCGGUAUUUCUUUGAGGUUAUGAGGUUUUUUGCAACAGCGGAACAUGAGAGGGAAAGACUUGAAUAUUUUGGUUCACCUGAAGGAAGAGAUGACCUGUACCAAUAUAACCAGAGGGAAAGGAGAACUGUUCUUGAGGUGUUAGAUGAUUUUCCUUCUGUGCAAAUGCCAUUUGAGUGGCUAGUCCAAUUGGUUCCUCCAUUGAAAACAAGAGCAUUCUCCAUAUCUUCUUCUCAAUCAGCUCAUCCCAAUCAAGUACAUUUGACUGUGAAUGUGGUGUCCUGGACAACGCCUUACAAGAGGAAAAAGAAAGGACUAUGCUCCUCGUGGCUUGCUGCAUUAGAUCCCCGUGAUGACAUCUAUGUUCCAGCCUGGUUCCAUAAAGGUUCCCUUCCUUCACCAUCACCUUCACUUCCCCUCAUACUAGUUGGACCUGGGACAGGAUGCGCACCUUUUCGUGGAUUUGUCGAGGAAAGAGCAUUGCAAAGUAGAACUAACUCCACUGCUCCAAUCAUUUUCUUCUUUGGCUGCCGGAAUGAAGACGGCGACUUUCUGUACCGUGACUUCUGGUUGAAUCAUUCACAGAACAAAGGGGUGCUUUCAGAAGCAAAGGGUGGAGGUUUCUAUGUUGCUUUCUCAAGAGAGCAGCCCCAGAAGGUUUAUGUUCAACAUAAGAUGAGGGAACACAGCCAGAGGAUCUGGGACCUUUUAGCUGAGGGGGCGGCUGUUUAUGUAGCAGGUUCUUCAACUAAAAUGCCUGCAGAUGUAACAUCAGCUUUUGAAGAAAUUGUAGCCAAGGAGAAUGAGGUUUCAACAGAAGAUGCAGCUAGGUGGAUUAGAGCGUUAGAAAAGUGUGGUAAAUAUCAUAUUGAGGCAUGGUCUUAGAAGAAGUCACGGGCUCGUGAUUUUUAGACCUUUGGUAGUGCAAUUAUAGCCAAUAGUGUCAUUUGUAUUCCGAUGAAUAUUUUUUUUCGUUAUGAUGAUUAUUAUCACACCUGUGGUUUAUAUGCAACGAGCUUUAUUCUUUCAUGUAUAUAUAUUGUAUCACUUAUAUCCCUGGUUUUCUGAGAAGGAUUUCGUAUGCACUUGGCCAACAGAGAAGGGAUUUAUGAUUGUACAAUGCAAAGGUCAUUCAUAUUCUUAAUGUAGCUCCAUAGAAAUGCUUAAAAAGUCUAAGAUAAACAAUGUUGCUACAUGUUUAGAGUAA